AUGCCUGUAAUUGAAAUCACCAGCCAUUCUGAGUUUCUGGAAAAGAUUCUCAACUCCAAAGAGCCUGCCGUCCUCGAUUGCUACGCAGCGGGAUGCGCACCAUGCAAAGCGAUCGCCCCGAAAAUAAAUCAGUGGAGCGAGCAAUACACCGACCUGAAGUUCUACAAGUUUGAUGUCUUGAAGGUCGAAGAACUGGUCCAUGAGCUUGAAGUCAAGGCGAUGCCUACCUUCAUGUUUUUCAAAGAUGGAGAGAAGGUCACUGAGAUUUUGGGAGUCGAUCCAGUGAAUAUCGAAGGGGCCAUCAAGUCUCUUCUGCUCACCAACCCUGCCUAA